ACAGCCAUGAAGAAGAAGGUGCUGCUGAUGGGGAAGAGUGGGUCGGGGAAGACCAGCAUGCGGUCGGUCAUCUUCGAGAACCGCAUGGCUCGCGACACCUGGCGCCUGGGCGCCACCGUGGACGUGGAGCACUCGCACGUGCGGUUUCCGGGUGGCCUGGUGCUGAACCUGUGGGACUGCGGCGGGUGGCACGCCUUGCCGGAGAGGUGCUCCGCCGGCCGGCGCGGCGGCUUCUUCCGGGACGUGGCGGCGCUGGUGUACGUGUUCGACGUGGGGAGCCGCGACCUGGAGGAGGACGCGCACCUCUACCAGUCGUGCCUGGAGGCCAUCCUGCAGAGCUCCCCCGCGGCCGGCAUCUUCUGCCUGUUGCACAAGAUGGACCUGGUGCAGGAGGACCAGCGCGACCUGGUUUUCGCCGAGCGCGAGGAGGACCUGCGGCGCUUGUCUCGCCCGCUGGAGUGCGCGUGCUUCCGCACGUCCAUCUGGGACGAAACCCUCUACCGAGCCUGGUCCAGUGUGGUCUGCCGGCUGCUUCCCAACGCCCGGCAGCUGGAGGCGAGCCUGAGCGGUUUUGCCCGCAUCAUCGAGGCCGAGGAGGUGCUGCUGUUCGAGAGCGCCACGUUCCUGGCCAUCGCCCACUACCAGCGCGGAGAGCGGCGCGAGGCCAGCGGGGCGGAGAUCAGCAACAUCAUGAGGCAUUUCAGGCUGAGCUGCCAGAAGCUGGCCGCUGCUUUCCAGAGCAUGGAAGUGAGGAACUCCCACUUCGCCGCUUUCCUCCGCGCCUUCACGUCCAACACCUGCGUGAUGGUGGUGAUGUCGGACCCGUCCAUCCCGUCGGCGGUGACGCUGAUCAACAUCCGCAAUGCCGGGAGGCACUUCGAGAAGCUGGAUAGGCCGGAGCUUCCCGAGCGCAGCCUCCUUGCGCGCUGA